AUGGCCACUGCCAUGGUCGGUGACCCCUGGACCACAAGGACAAUGCCUCGCUCUUUCUCUCACAGCUUCCUCUUGCUAGCAGGUCUAUGUUGCUUGCUACCUGGAUCCCAGACUAGAGAUUACCAAAAGACAGGUGCCUCAGACAGUGACAAGAACCCGGAGCACACCCAAUGCCAGAAUUUUGCCUCUACCAUCACCAACAUCUCCUUGUCCUUACUCCAAAAGGCAAGCAAUUGGCCUAAACAAACCAACUUUGUGUUUUCCCCAAUGAGCAUUGUAACUGCCUUCGCAAUGCUCUCCCUGGGAGCAAAGGGCAGUACUCACAAGGAAAUUCUCAAUGGGCUGAAAUUCGACCUCAUGAUGAUGCCUGAAAUGGAGGUCCACAAGUGCUUCCAGCAUCUCGUGCAUACAUUCCUCCAGCCAAACUACCAGGUGCAUAUGACCCUUGGCAGCAGCCUGUUCAUCAAUAAGGGUCUGAAGGUGGAAAACAAGUUCAAGAAGAUGGCUAUGGAGCUGUACAACUCAGAAGUCAUCUCCAUCAAUUUCAGGGACUCUCAAACAGCCAAGAUGCAGAUCAACAAGCAUGUGAUGAAGAGAAGCUAUGGACAUGUUUUAAAGAUAAUCAAGGACCUGCCAAUAGAUACAGUUCUUGCCCUGGUGACCCACAUUUCCUUCAAUGGAGUCCAGAUUGGUGAAUUUGAACCUGAGCAUGUGGACACAAUGGAGUUCCAACUGGAUUCGGGCAAGGUGGUUAUAGUGCCCAUCGUCAAACGUCAGGGUACAUUUUACCUGCUCAAGGAUAAGAAUCUGUCCAGCUGGGUGCUGAUGCAGCACUAUGCAGGGAAUAUCAUAGCCUUCUUUAUCUUGCCAGAACUGGGAAAGAUGGAGGAACUGAUACAAAACCUGAGCCAUAAGCACCUCAACAGCAUUCACAGACGCAUUAGCACAAGGAUUUCCAACUUGCAUUUCCCCAAACUUACCGUUUCUACUACCUAUGACCUGAAGACAGUCAUGAACACUCUUGGCAUCACCCAGAUAUUCAGCAGCAAGGCAGAUCUGUCAAAAGUCACAAAGAAGGUACCUGUGAAAUUGUCGAAGGCUGUGCAUAAGGCUAUGCUGGGGAUUGAAGAUAAACCAUCAGAAGCCUCUGAAUUUCCUGAUUUGUACAAGGCUUUGCUGCCAGAUGGGCCCACUAUUGAAUUCAACAGGUCCUUCCUAGUCAUCAUCAAAGAUAAAACCUUCAACCUUCCUUUUCUUGUGGGAAAAAUAGAGGAUCCCAAAGCACAAUAA